CUUGGGUCACCAGGCUCCCGUGACACCGCAAGCGGGACAGAGAGACGAACGACAGGCACUGGGCCCGGAAGGACAAUGCUGCGCGGAAAGUCCCGGCUCAACGUGGAGUGGCUAGGCUACUCGCCCGGCCUGCUCUUAGAAAAUGAUCCACUCGCAGCCGGACGGACACCGCGAACCCCCCGCGGAAAUGAAAACUCUUUAGCUGCAACCCUGAAGACACUCCUGUUCUUCACAGCUUUAAUGAUCACAGUUCCUAUCGGGUUGUAUUUUACAACUAAAUCUUAUAUAUUUGAAGGUGCCCUUGGAAUGUCCAAUAGAGACAGCUAUUUUUAUGCCGCAAUUGUUGCUGUUGUUGCUGUUCAUGUGGUUUUGUCCCUGUUUGUGUAUGUGGCCUGGAAUGAAGGCUCACGACAGUGGCGUGAAGGCAAACAGGAUUAAAGUGAACAUCACCUUUUGAUAGCAUGAAAUUUAUUUUUGAAUAUGUUAAAUAAUUCUGGGGUAUUGAUAAUAAAUACAUUUGUUUGAAUAAAGUUGAAAGAACAUGUUAAAAUCAGUGUUAAAGCGUCAGUCACGUUUGGCUAAAUUUUGACCCACCCAAUAAUAUGGUUAUUUUGAACUCUGAAUCUCCAUUUGCAAAUGAAAAUUUGGAAAAGUUGGAUAGGUACAGGCGGAUAUUUUAAAUGAGUUAUCUCUUAUCCUAGGAAGAAUUUACAUAUUUUACAAUAAGAAAAAAUGUUAGCGAUUUGGCUUAUACUUGCUUUUCAGUUUUAUUUAUUUGGAUAUAUUAAGAAAUACUUUGUGAAACAAAUCUAAAUUUCCUUUUUAAAUCAAGGACUUUGCUGGAAAAUACCAGGCCCUUGGGUUUGAGAUGCCGCUUUCCUUAAAAGUUACUUACAUUGUAGGCAUUUUAGCUAAUCUGACUUUUAAGUCAGUGAGGAAAGAUUGCUUUCACAUUUCAUUAUUUCGUGGGGAAAGUUACUGAAAUCACACUAUUCAUGCAAAAGUGUGUACGGUUACUGAGGACAGAGAACUGGACUGUCUGCCAGCAUUGUGAAUAUCACACUAACAUUGUGCCCUCAUUUUGCUUUGAAAUUAGGUUUCAGUUGCAAAGUUUAUCAAAAUCCCACUUAAUGUGCUGUCCUAGUUUAAAAUAGACAGUAUGAGAUAAGUUUUAGAAUACCAAAAUGUUCAACAUUUGCAAAUUGAGAGUCUAUACAGUUUUGAAACAUCACAAUUCUUAUGAGGUAUUCUUGAAGUAUUUUUAUCUAUUAAUCUUUCUUUUUUUAUUACAUCGAAGCUACAUCCCGAGCAUAAGUUAUAUUCUAAGAUAAUCCUUGAAGUCUUUUUUGGUGAGACCAACCAUAAGCCAGAAAAAAAGCCUAGUUACCUUGGUACCUACAGUCUAUGGCCAGACAAAUCUAUUGGUACUGUGUAUAAGUAUAAAAACACUGAACCCCAAAUAUUCUGAUUAAAAGAUCAUAAUAUAUUCUGUAAAUCACUGGAAAAUACAUAUAAAAAUUAAAAAGCAAAAAUUUUCCCAUAAUGUUACUACCUGCAGAUUAUCAGUAGUUUAGUUCACAACCCUCGUACAGCUUUGAAUGAUGUCUCUUAAUGCUGGUCACAUAUACACUAAAACCUUGUUGUUGUUGGUUUUUUUAAUUUAUUUUUUAUUAGAUAUUUUCUUUAUUUACAUUUCAAAUGUUAUCCCCUUUCCUGUUUUCCCCUCUGAAAACCUUCUAUCCCAUUCCCAGUCCCCCUGCUCACCAACCCACCUACUCCUGCCUCCCUGCCCUGGCAUUCUCCUACACUGGGGCAUCAGGCCUUCACGGGACCAGGGGCCUCCCUCCUGUUGAUGCCUGACAAGGCCAUCCUCUGCUACAUAUGCAGCUGGAGCCAUGGGUCCCUCCAUGUGUACUCUUUGGUUGGUGGUAAAACCUUGUUUUAAAUUUAGAUCUUGUCAAUUUCACCAAAGAACUGUUUGCAGUUAUUGAGAUGUAUGAUAAUUGCUUAUUGUCUUACAAAGCAUAUACUAUCUUUAUUAAUUUAAAAUUCCCAUUUCAAUGUUCUUACCAUAAAGAAAUAUAAAAUUUUGAGGUGAUAACUCAGUUUAAAUACUUUAUAACAUGCAUAUCUCAAAAUAUUACAUGGCAUCCCACAAGCAUGUAUGCUUCUUGUUUUUAAUAUAUCAAUUAAAUUGAGUUGUAAAAAUGAAGAAAGUUCAAAUACCUGUUACUGGUAACCCUAAUAUGAUAAAUGACCCCUGCUUAAAUAUUUGCCAUUAUUGAUUUCUUGGUCUGCUGUUAUUUUCAUGCUGUGGAACUAGACUAGAGAAAUGGGUGAUUAGAUAUAAUAAUAUGUUUGUGUUAUUGUUGCAAAUAAGAUUAAUAUGAUUAUUAAAAGACUUCUUAAUUCUUGAACUUAA